CUCAUCUUCGUCUCCACCACCACCACCAUCACCACCACCACCACCAUCAGUGUUCUUGAAGCCAUGAGGAACCAAAACAUUGCAGAAGAUGGGUAUGGACCUUCUGAAGACGAAGACGACGAUUACUAUGGCAAAUUCGCUACCAGAAAAAUGGCGUUGAAGAAUUUCACCGAGAAAAAGAAGACAAGGAAAAGGAAAUGGAAAAGGAAAAAGGGAAACACGAAGUUUAAAGAAAAGGACGUGGCACUAUCACUUAUCGUUUCUCGUAGCUGGCAUGGAGUCGCUUCCAGUGACGCCAUCUGGUUUAAAAAGUGUGAAGAGUUGUGGGCUGGUAAAGCACAUCUACCUCGUGUGUCCCAAAUCAAGGGGAUCUCAAAGUUGGCUGCUUACUCGUUAUCGAUUAUGGAUGGCAAACGUAGCCGAAUCAUGAAGGAAGACCUCUGGGAUCAUGCUUGGGAAUUUCACUUUAACAAGUCGGCACCAGGAUACUGGAGGAACUUGGAUCCAUACUGGAAAGGGGCAGGGCCACCAAUGCGACGCUACUUCCACCCAGAUGGGAGUCAAACUGCUGAUCCUGGUGAUAAAGUAUGGGGAGGACAUGAGUGCUGUUACUCCAUUGUUACAAGUUUCUUGGCGGACGGGAAGAUCAGGGAGCACUAUGUGCGGAUCAACCGCUGGCCCCAGAUGUCCAUCUCCAGGAAAGAGGAUUGGGGUUGGAAAAUGUCGAACCACCUCUACUGCUACUUGAGUGUUCCAGACGCUGAUAGAAAAGGUGGCACGGGUCCCUGUUUUCUGGCAUGCUAACUAUGUACUAUGGUUUGUUUGAAACAAGUUUGUUUUUUGUUAGUUUCAGUAAACAGUUAAAGUUGAUGUAUGCUUGUUGGGUUUUCAUGUUUGCAGUGGAUAUGGUUCGUUAAAUGUGUUUGCCUUUUUCUUUAGAA